AUGACGGAGCAAAAUGGCAUUUUGUCUCAGGAGCUGAUCACGCAAACCAGUCCAGUAGGAGAUGGAGUUCUGAGGCUGCAUCCCGAUGGAGAACAGUGGACUUCUACCAAGAUAGAAUUGUCUCCAUGCUACUUACUGACUAUAAGAGUCAUAAGAGCAAGAAAUAUCCACCAGGCAGAUGUCUUAAGCCAGACUGAUUGCUACGUGAGCCUGUGGCUGCCAACUGCUUCAGCUGACAAAUUUCAGACUAAAACCAUCAAGAACUGCAAAGAUCCAGUUUGGAAUGAAACCUUCUACUUCAGAAUCCAGGGUCAGGUCAAGAAUGUGCUGGAGCUGCAGCUCUGUGAUAAGGAUGUUGUUACUGAAGAUGAUCACCUCUUCACAGUGUAUUUUGAUAUAGCCAAACUUCCCCUGGGAGAACAAGUCUUCAUGCACUUCAAGUGUGAUGCACAGAGAAAAGAGGAGCUGGAGGUUGGAUUUGCACUGGAUAAUAUUUCAGGCCCUCCAGAAACCAUCAUUACUAAUGGAGUACUAGUGUCUCGCAAAAUAUGCUGCUUGGAAGUUCAAGUGGUUGAGAAGAAGAAGAAAAAGCAGAAGAAAUCUGCAUCAGAAAAAGAAUUCCUCUUCAAAGUGAAGGGGUCUUAUGAGGGCACCCAAGACAUCACACUGGGAUCCGACCUCGUCUUUAGCUCCGCCGCUCCUGCCACUUUCCACUAUGCCAAAUAUAAGCAGCCAGCACUGGAUGUUACACUACCAGGGAAGAAACCUCAUUCCUCCACUCACUCCUGUUUGUAUGAUAGAAAAGCAGGCUCCCCAAAUGUGGAACUUCAUUCCCUUCCAAGUGGAAAAAAAAUGAUCUUAGCAGAGGAUAAAGGGUUUGAUUUACAUGUGAAGGCAGAAGACUGCCCAGACCACCUUGAUAUUCGUUUAGGAUUUGACCUUUGUGCAGAAGAGCAAGAUUUUCUUCGUAAAAGGAAGAAGUGUGUUGCUGCUGCUCUGAAGAAGGUCCUGCAGCUGAAACAGGAUCUGCUGGAUCAUGAGACCCCAGUGGUGGCGAUCAUGACAACAGGAGGAGGGAUGAGAUCUUUGACUGCACUGUAUGGCAGUCUGUUGGGCCUCAAGAAGCUCCAUCUCUUAGACUCUGCUACCUACUUGACUGGCUUGUCCGGUACAACAUGGACUAUGUCAAACUUGUACAGAGAUGCUGACUGGUCACAAAAGGAUCUUGAUGAGCAAAUCAGCGAGGCUCGAAAGCAUAUGACAAAAUGCAAAAUAAAUUCUCUUUCCAUGGAGUAUCUGAAGUAUUACAAAAAGCAGCUGUGUCAACGGAAAAGAGAGGGCCGCAAGACAACUUUUAUAGAUCUCUGGGGGCUUGUCCUGGAAUCUUUGUUACAUGAUGGGAAAGACAACCAUAAACUCUCAGAUCAGCAACGAGCCAUUGACCGUGGUCAGAACCCAUUGCCUAUUUAUACUGCAGUCAAUGUCAAGAACAACUAUAGCACUCUGGAUUUCAAAGAAUGGGUGGAAUUCACCCCUUAUGAGGUGGGAUUGCCAAAAUAUGGAGCCUUUGUUCGCUCUGAGGAUUUUGGCAGUGAGUUCUUCAUGGGUCGGUUGAUGAAGAAGCUCCCUGAAUCCCGGAUCUGCUUUUUGGAAGGCAUGUGGAGUAGUUUAUUUUCAUUGAAUGUGUUAUAUAUCUGGAAUUUGUCCCAUUCGUCAGAGGAUUUCUGGCACAGGUGGACCCAGGACAAAAUCAACAAUAUAGAGGAAGAGCCUCUUCUACCUCUAAAGCCCCACGAGCUGAGAACUCGGCUGUUCACCCCGCCUGGCCCCCUCGGCAGUGCUAUUCGUGGUGCCCUUACAGACCGCCUCUCUGUCGCCCAGGAGCACAACUUCCUAAAGGGCUUCCAGAUGCAUAAAGACUACCUUGAGAACAAGCACUUCUGCAGAUGGAAAGAUACUGUGUUAGACUCGUUUCCCAACCAGCUGACAGAGUCAGAAGAAUAUCUGUCUCUAGUCGACACAGGAUUUUUCAUCAAUACAAGCAUCAUGCCACUUUUAAGACCAGAGAGAAAGGUGGAUGUCAUCCUGCACUUAAAUUACAGUGCUGGAUCUCAGAUACAGGCUUUGGACCAGACCUGUAAGUACUGCUCAGAUCAAGGAAUCCUCUUUCCCAAGGUGGAGUUGAAUGAAGAAGACAGGAAAAAGCUAAAGGAAUGUUACCUCUUUGAAGGGUCUGAGACUCCAGGAGCUCCAAUAUUGCUAUUUUUCCCACUGAUUAAUGAUACCUUCCAAAACUACAAAGCACCAGGUCAGAAGCGCUCUGAGUCAGAGAUGGAGGAUGGCAAAGUUGAUCUCUAUGGCUGCUGUUCCCCUUACUCAACAUACUCAGUCAAAUACACUGAGAAGGUGUAUGAUCGUCUGGUUCAGCUUGGUGAAUACAACAUCCUGAAUAAUGAAGAUCUCAUUAUGCAGGCCUUGCACACAGCAGUGGAACGGAAAAGGCAGAAAAAGAAAUAA